AUGACUUCCCGUGUCACAGUUCAACAUAUUGAUGAAUUUUCUGAGAUAGUUGAUGAUGAUCCAUUUGUGAGUUCCGCUUUUGUGUCCGAGACAUCUGUUGUUUCUGAAAAGUUUGGUAACAGUUGCUCCGAGUCGUUUGAUGAUUUGGAAUCCGAACUUUUUGAUUCUUCUGAGCCGUGUGUCGGCGAUGAAGAUUGUUUUGUUGGUCAAGUUUCUGAGUAUUGUUCAAACUCAGGACUUGAUAUUGAUUCAGUUGGUAAACCGUUUGUUGGUUCCACUGAUGAUUCUUGUUUUAUUUCUGAACCGUAUAUCGGUUCUACUGUUGUUUGUUUGGAGUCUGAACCGUGUGUCAGUUCAGCUCCUAUUUGUUUUGAUUCUGAAUCGUUGGUCGAUUCGGAUAUUGUUCCUUUUGAUUCUGAACCGUUGGUCGGUUCUUCUUUUAUUUCUUGUUCUGAUUCUAAACCGUUGGUCGGUUCUGAUGAUGAUAUUGUCUUACCUUCUUUUGAUUUUUUGGUGGAUUCAAUUACUGAACCUUCUCCGCCUAUUGUUAAACCUAUUGUUACACCAAAAUCCCGUUUUUCUCCAUUCUUUUACUUAUCUUUUGUUACCAUCAUGUUGUUUUCCUUGAUUUUAAUUGUCGUCUGGCAUCCUUCUUCAAUCUUGGAUUUAAGUCAUUCAGUGUUGAACUGUGACACGGGAAUCUUCUCCGCUAUGUCUAAUCACGGAAACACUACAGGAGUCAAUGAAGGACCCUCAUCCUUCGAGUCAGCCAGCACUGGAAGUUCUGUUGCCCACUCAACAUCUGAGACCCAUUCAAAGAACAACGCCAGCUCUUAUGAGACAUUCGCCGAUCUCCCUGUUCAUCGUCAAAUUGAUCUCGCUGACCGUUCUGGAUUUACCGUUAGACAAUUAACCAUUGCCAACGUGCCAGUUUGUUCCGAAGGAUGUGAAGCUGAAUUAAAAGUCUUAGCAGACUUGACAGCUUACAUUAGAAACUCAAACUUCAAAGCUAGUCCUCCCCCAUCUCAAAAGGUUAUGAGCUCCUUUGACGCUCCUCAAGCGCCAAAUUUCAAACAAUUUCUCUACAAAAGUGAAUUGGAUUUUUGGAUAUACGGUCUUAUUGGGCAAAUUAACAGCUGCGGCCGGAGUUUUUGGAACAACUAUAUCUAUAAGCCAAUUGUUGGCCAUACUGCCCUUCAGCUUGGUUACGGUAUCAGGUUUGAGAGGGCCCUUGAUGAACUACUCAAGGUUUACAUUUUAAAAACCACGCCUGCAGCUAACCUGGCUGCAGCUGAACAGGCCCGGUGGGACACGUCGCCCGAGUUUCUAAAAACUCCACCUAUGGAUUCGGCGUCUGUGCGGGAAGAAGCCAUGGGGGUCCUAUUUGAACCUGGAAAAAGAAUGGCUCGUAUAGAUCCUGAAAUUCUAGAGCCCGCUGACCUGGGGCGAGUGCUCUCAUUUUACCAACGUCUUAAUCAUAUUGGUUUGCGCAUAUCCCCAAGCCCUGAGCUUAACAUUGUAUUUGCGAUGACGCAAGCUAUCUCAGUAGGAGUUCCAGGUCCUAGUUAUUUCGCCGGGCUUACCAGCAGUGAAAUUGAAACCAAAAUACAAGCUACUGUUACUGAAGCUUCCAAGUGGGCCUCUGUAGUGGAGCAAUAUUUCUUUAACAACCCGGAUGGCACCUUUCACCGUGACCUUAUAUUAGCAGUGCUGAAUAACAACAAGGUUUCAGCAGCUGCUCGCGAAGAUCCUCAGAGUCAUCUCUGGGGGAUUACCAAGUUUGUCGACAUUUUCAAGUCAAGAUCUGGAGGAUGGAGCCCCUGUGAUUCAGUUGAAAUCCCAGCGCUAGUUGAAGCAACUUCUGCAGCCUUCGUAAAAGGUCGAAGAAUUAUUGACGGUUCGACAAAAGUGGUGCCAAAGCAGGAACCCAAGCAAGAACCCAAGCAGGAAUCCAAGCAGGAAUCUUCGAAGAAAGCUGGCCACUCUGAUACCAAGCAUGGAAAGGGAAGCAGUGGUCCAAGGGUUGCUGCCUUGAAAGCUACCGAAUACCUUGAGGUGGCUCGCGACGAUGUUGAAACUCUUUGCUCUGUUGCUCGGGCUAUCCAAGACAUAUUUGAUAAUGACGGCGGAAGCAGUGAUUAUUCGCCAGUUGCUUUUCUUCCACCUGCCAACCAAAUCGCCUCUGUGGGUGAAACAAAUCUUCCAAAUGUUCUCGAUUCUGGAAAUGCUACUGGUCACCUUAUCUCAGACAACAGCUACUUUGUGUCGUAUGAGAAAUACAGCAGCCCCAAAACUAUCAGCUCCUAUGGUGGUUCCGACAUCGUGUUAGAAGGGGAAGGUAAAAUUGCUGUUGUAUUAAAAGGUGACGGUGGCACCAAUAUUUGCCAUAUUGCUGACGCACUUUAUUUUCCUGCUGGGUCUAGCAAUUUGUUUUCUGAUUCUGUCUGGCGCACGAACGAUGUUUCUUUUCAUACGGUCCCAAGUGGGGAUUGUCUGGCCUAUUUUGGUGAGGAAAAGGUUGGUAGGGUUGGCGGUGCCAGAGAUGCCAAGUCUCACAUUUGUGCCAACAUUGUUCCGGUAAAGUUUACUAGGAAUAUCCCAAGCUUGCUGAUCCCUCCCUUUGAGGUGACCAAGCGUGACGAAGAAUUGAUCAAGGACUGUGUCAUAUGUGGCACGUCAAGAAGCAUUAAGAGGUUCACUUCUCCGGAUAAGCAUAUAGCUUCUGAAUCCACGGCUCCGUUAGCCCAGAUUCAUGCUGAUCUCGUCGGUCCCAUAGGUCCUGCCUCUUCAGGGGCCAGGUACAUGCUGAAUAUCAUUGAUGCAUUUUCUGGUUACAUCUAUGCUUUUGCUCUGGAAUCUAAGGAUGAAGCUCCUGGGAAACUUAUCCAGUUCUUUAAGCAGUUUGUGCCCAAAGCUGCUCGCCGUGCUGUUGACGGCAAGGCCACCAAGCUUAUUACUGACAAUGGUGGUGAAUUUAUCUCUGGGACACUUGGAAAAUUUUUAGCAGACUGGGGCGUCAUUCAUAUUUUAACUGCUCCUGAUGAACACCAACAAAAUGGGAAAAUUAGGCGUGCCCACCGCACACUGCGUGAGAUAUCUACUAGAGCCUUGAUGCAGUCGACACUCUGGGCCAAUAUCUACUGGGACUCUGCCUGGCUCUACGCUGUGCAGGUAUAUAAUUUCUCCAUAGUUAAUAAAGCCGGUAUCUCACCUUAUGAAGCCUUUACGGGCAGAAAACCACCUAUAGCACUAGUGCACACAUUUGGCUGCCUAGUUUUUGUCAUUAAAUCUGAGUCUCAGAAACUCAAAGGGACCCUUCAGCCUCGGGGCGAGCCUGCUCUGUAUUUGGGUCCCGACCCGUUAAAUCCUAAGAAUUUUCUAUGCAUUACGAGGAACAAGCGCAUUCGGCGCUGUGUACACGGCAACUUUCGUGACCAUGUCUUGCCUGGCGUUAAAUUUUUUGGCGAAAAGCCAAUUUACGAGGGUGACAUUCUCAUUGACUACAGUGAGGUUGGAAAUCGUGACCCUGACUACAGUGACUCUUCCACUGAUGAAUCAGAAAGUGAAGAUGAAUCUGACUCUGACGACUACUCUCCCACUUCACUCUCUGGUGGUGGUGGUGGUGGUAACUUUUUUGAGAUGGGGGAGGACUAG